CAUGUGCUCGGAAGUGCAGCAGUUAAAUCAGCAACUAGAGGAGAAAAAUGGAGAGAUACAGCAGAUGAUAAAUCAGCCUCCAUAUGAAAAGGAGAGAGAAAUCUUACGGCUCCAGAAAAGCUUGGCAGAGAAGGAGAAAGCUCAGGCCACCAGUGAGGUUUUGUGCCGUUCACUCACCGAUGAAACGCACCAGCUUCAACGCAAGUUAGCAUCCACAGCAGAAAUGUGUCAGCAUCUGGCCAAAUGUCUAGAAGAGAAGCAAAGAAGAGAAAAGAGGAAUUCGGAUGAUCAGAUGCCUACUGAAAGAUCUAAUCAGCUGUUAGACGAUGAAACUUCACUUCAAGCCCUUAUCGUCAAAGUACAAGAUGAAAACAGGAUGUUAAAACAAAAAGUGGCUCACGUCGAAGACUUAAAUGCAAAAUGGCAGAAAUAUGAUGCCAGCCGGGACGAGUACGUGAAGCGACUCCACCUGCAGCUGAAGGAGCUGAAGUUGCAGCUGGAGCCCCAGCACGGCCUAACGUCCGCACAGACAAACUCGGAGCUCAUGCAGAAGGAGAUACUCCGGCUGAACAAGCUCCUGGAAGAGAAAAUGAACGAGUGUGUAAAAGCAAAGAAAGAAUUAGAAGAUGUAAAGAAGGCUAGUGAAGGGGACAAUGAGCGCAUACAAAUGCUGGAGCAACAGGUCCUAGUUUAUAAAGAUGAUUUUACAUCUGAGAGAUCAGACAGAGAACGAGCACAGACUAAAAUACAAGAGCUUCAAGCAGAGGUUGCAUGUCUGCAACAUCAGCUAACGAGAAGACAGGACACAAGAGACACAACUAGUAAUUUCCGAGUUCACAUUGGUAACCAGAAGCACAUGCACGUACAGACAAAUGUUGAACAUCUACGAGGCAACAGCCCAGGCCACAUGGGCAAGAGGAGGGCGGCCUCGCAGCCCGAGCAAGCUUCUGCCCUCGCGAGCGAUGGCAACGCGGGCUCCGAGGGCAGAGCGCAGGGUGAACUGAGGUGCCCUCACUGCAUGAGGUUUUUCAGCGAUGAACUCAGUGAUGAAUUUCUCAAGCAUGUUGCUGAGUGUUGUCAGUGACCACGUGAUGUGAGGAGCGUAACUUAAUCACUACUUUCGAU